AUGCCAAAUUGUGCCUAAAUAUCAGUAGAAUAGACUAUAGAGUGUUUUUUUCUUCUUUUUAUUACCAUUUCGCCACUCCUCUGUCUCUCUUUCUCUCAUCAUCAUCAUCAUCGACUUCCCUCGCUUUCCAUGGCUUCUGUUGCUCAGUCUUCCACUCAGGCUGUGUCAACUGGGGAUGUUAACUCUGAUGCCAAUGUGUUCCAGUUGAUCCAAACUCACCAGGAAAAGGCAGCUCGGCUUCCUCCGGUUGAGGAAAUUAGAACCGUGCUUGACCAGAGCACGCACGGCAUGCUUUCAACUUUUUCUCAGAAGCAUGGGGGUUAUCCGUCAGGGUCAAUGGUUGAUUUUGCAUGCGAUGCUGAUGGAUCUCCAAUAGUAGCAGUCAGCAGUUGGGCAGUACAUGCUAAGGACCUAAUAGCCAAUCCCAAAUGCUCAUUGCUUGUUGCUAAAGAUCCUGAAGAUAGGACUGAUUUAGUAAUCACCCUGCAUGGUGAUUCCAUUCCUGUUUCUGAGAAAGAUGUAACUGCUGUUCGAACAGCAUAUCUGGCAAAGCAUCCUGAUGCAUUCAGGGUUGACUUUGGUGAUUUCCAAUUUAUGCGCAUUGAACCAAAAGCUGUGCAAUACGUGUCAGGAGUUGCAACUACUUUGCUUGGAUCUGGCGAAUUCAGCAAAGAAGAGUACCAGACUGCUAAAGUUGAUCCAAUUGCUCAAUUUUCUAAACCUGUUGCGUCUCACAUGAACAGAGAUCAUGCUGAAGAUACAAGACUCAUAGUGCAACACUCAACUUCAAUUCCGGUGGACUCUGCUUAUAUGCUGGAUGUGGACAGUCUUGGAUUCAAUGUUAAGGCUGUUUAUCAAGGAAAUACUUACAAGCUUCGAAUUCCUUUCCCUAGACGUGCAGAAGAGAGAAAGGAUGUAAAGACUCUGGUGGUAGAGAUGCUUCAAGCUGCGAAGUCUCAAAUUAAAUGAUUCCUUGCUGAACAGAAAGAGGAUUCUGCAGUUCGUCAGAAAGUGGAGCAUCAUGGAAUGAUGUGGACAGAUACAAUGUUUCUGCAAACUAAAAACAAUCAGCUGGCCUUCGGUUUGUUCCUCCUGUGUACUAUUGACUCCUACUUAUUUCGAAGAGGUACCGUAACAUUGCGAAGGGUUAAGAGUAAGAACCGUUUGAAGUUGCACUUCUGUUGUCAAAAUAAUGUUUGAUGAAAAGAUCUUGCGAAAGUUUAUAAAGUGAGAAUGCGAUUCAUCAGUUCCUUUUUUUCUUUUUUUAA